UUUAAGCGUGCGCGCCCCCGCUCCGUGUUUUUUCCUGUGUGUGUGUGUGUGUAAAUCUCUCACUCUGAGGCGUGACAACAGAGGCGCGUUCACGUGUUCGCCACAGCCGGCUACUGCGCUGGAGAAGGCAUCACCAAAACACUGUCGAGCUGCUUCCUCGGCCCGGACCGCGAAGAGGACGAGAGGGGAUUUGGAGGUUAAAUUGAAACCAGCAGAACCAGGAGGGAGACUAGCCUACAGAGACAUCCAUCGGUGCAGCAGCAGCAGCAGCAGGAGGAGGCAGAUCCGGAGCCUGUGCCUCAACAGCAGCCACAGCAGCAGCAGAGAGGAGAGGAUAGGAGAGGAGGACCAGAGAGGAGAAGGAGGAGGACCAUGGAGGGGAUGCAGGCAUACGGGGCCGGGAAAGCCGGUGGAGCCUUCGACCCCGUCACCUUCUUCCAGCAGCCUCAGACCAUUCUCCGCAUAGUGUCUUGGCUCUUCUCCAUCGUGAUCUUCGGCUGCAUCGCCAACGAGGGCUACAUCAACCGGCCCAGUGGAAAGGAGGAGUUCUGCAUCUUCAACAGCAACCAGAACGCCUGCAACUACGGCGUCUUCAUGGGCUCCAUGGCCUUCCUCUGCUGCAUGGCCUUCCUGGCUCUGGACGUCUACUUCCCCCAGAUCAGCAGCGUCAAAGACCGCAAGAGGGCUGUGCUCGCUGACAUCGGGGUGUCGGCCUUCUGGGCGUUCAUGUGGUUUGUGGGAUUCUGCUUCCUGGCCAACCAGUGGCAGGUGACCAAUCAUGAGGAGAACCCACUGAGGGAGGGAGGCGACGCUGCCCGGGCGGCCAUCACCUUCUCCUUCUUCUCCAUCUUCACCUGGGCGGGCCAGUCCUUCCUGGCCUUCCAGAGGUACAAGCUGGGGGCCGACUCGGCCCUUUUCUCCCAAGAAUACAUGGACCCCAGCCAGGAUGCAGCUGGAGCUCCCUACACCUCCUUUGGUGGGGAUGACCUGGAAAGCCCAGGAGGAGGAGGAGGAGGAGGCCAGGCCAACAGCGACGGUGCCUUCGACGGCACUGGCGGCUACCAGCGCCAGGACUACUGAGAUGUCGGAAGGGGUUAUAAAUCUCUAUUGGGAAAGGUUCUGGAUGAUGUUGCCUAAAGUUUUUCAUUUAGAGCAGUUUUUAUUGUUUCUUUGGGUCAACCAUGUGGAAGUCUACCCGGCACCAGUUGGUUAUUUUGACCUAAUAUUUACCCAAUAAACGGUUACAAAUGGAUCAUUAAAAACUUGUCUAUCAAUUAAAAACUGCAAAGGGUACACAUCAAUGUCAGUUUAAGUGAGAUCUUUACAAUGUUCUACUUAAAGAAACACAAUGUAGGUUUGCUCAACGUUACUGGUGAACUUCUAAUGUACAAACAACCAUUUAAAGAAGAAUGUAGUUCUUUUGUGACAUAGACCUGAAACAAGAAGUUACAUCGUGCCGAUACGGGCCAUGCAGGUCUGCACAGGCUUUGACAGUGGUGCCAAUCACCCCGUCGUUAGUUGAUGUAUCAUCAAAAAUAAUCUCAGAGACAUUAUUUGAAGGUUGAAAUCCUACAUUGUGCCGCUUUAAGGUAAGAAAGAAAUGACACUAUAUGGCUACAUUCAGAUUAUAAGGCUGAAGUGACCCAUAAUCUGAUGAUUUCUUUCUGGAGGACAAUGUUAUCCCUAGAGGAGAUAAAUCGAGGUACAUCAUAUCUAACAAUAUAAUACCAACUGGUCUCACAAACGUGGUGUUUUCUGAAGCUAACACAGCCUAACAUUGGGUUAAAACAGAGCAGUAUUGUGUCAGUUUUGACCCAGAUAUGUUAUUUUCUACAUGCAGGGAAUUAUGCAUUUAACAGAUGCCCUUUACCAAGUGUAGACCAGGGGUUCCCAAUCCUGAUCCCAGGGAGCCUACUGCCCUGCAUGUUUUAGAUGUUUCCCAGCUCCUACACACCUGAUUCAAGCGAAACAUCUAAAACAUGCAGGGCAAACAACAGAAUUCAGGUCAGGCAGCUUUCCAGAUUUGUUUGGUUAGAGACGGGUAAAAGUAAAGCGCAGGUUUAUGUGUGAGUCGGUGGAAGGGGAAGUCAGGGAAGAGGUUGUUGGAUGGCGGAGAAACUGGGUUUCGAUUAGGGAUCUUAGGGAGGUGUUUAGAAAGAAGUGGUGCUGUCAGGUGUUGGUCACAGGGCAGCAGAUGCAGGUCCUCAGUGUCAGUCAGAGAAACGAUCAGACACACAUGCAAACACAGGUCCAGAGCGUAUUGAUUGAUACAAGACGCAAGUUUUUGCUGACGAAAUCCCUUAGAGGUGCAUUAAAGGAUUCCAGUAUUGCAUUACAACGGGCAACUCAUCCCCUCGACUGUGAAAUGGGAGUGUGUUUGUAUGUGUUGAAAACAAAAUGUCUUCUCUUCCUGUUUUUUUUUUUGCUUUUAUUGCUGCGUGGAAGUCUGUGUUUUCCCGAAGAACCCCCCCACACCCACCACCACCUUUGUUUUCUUUCCUCAAAUGUUGCCUUAGUGCUGACUGCCAAGCGAAAUCCAAUGAACACAGGGCAAAAUGUCUACCCAACACACACAUGGUCACAGAAAUUGAAUUU